GUCCGGCAAUAUUAAGCAGAAAAAAUGUAAACAAACAUAUUUCGCGCAAUUUGUUAAAUUGAUGCGAUUUUAUUUCGUACUAGUUAUUUUUAUUAAGCAAUUUACAUAUAUUUUACAAAUCAAAUAACAAUGAGUAAAUCAAAAUCAACGCGUUCCACUAAAAUCAAAGAAGAACCAGAUGCCAGCACCAAAACUAAAAUAAACUCCUCCGUUCCCUCGGCUUUACGAAUCUUUUACAUUUCUCAACACAUGCUGCAAGAUGAAACAGAAAAAUUAAGUUUGGAACGUUUUUAUCAUCCGGGCAAGGGAAAGGCGGCUUUAUUUAUUACCAAGGAUGACAAGCAUAUAAUGGAAAUAUUGGAAUUUGCUGAACCAAGAAGGAGCUGGCUGAUUGACAGCGAAGUAUGUUCAAAUGGUCAUAUAUAUUUUACCACACCAAUCGAUGUAACAUUCCUAGCAUUACAUCAUUUGCGUAAACAUUGUGUGAAAAGAGCCUUGGCACUGGAUAGUAUACACGAUGAUGAAGAUCCUAGUGCAGCGAAAAUUCUUAACCAUUUUGUUGAUCCUAAGAAUUUGGGUUGCAUAGCUGAUGUAAAAACGGCCGGGGGAGAUAUGACAUUCUACAAAUAUAAUCAUGAUAAGACCAUGGCUUGGUUAUCCCUUAAAACUAAGCGCUUGGCAAAGUUAUUACAGAGUAGUGGCAUUUAUUGCGGCAAUAGUGCCGUAUCACAAAAUUUUGCCCGAAGUGAAAAGGCAUUAGAUGAAACGGCUAAAGAUAGUGAUUAUUUGCGUAUGGCUUGUGAUUAUGUGGGUAGUUAUAUAGCUGUCGAAUUACACGAGGAGUUAACAAAACUAUUGGAAAUACCCUCUGAAAUUCAAGCUAUAACAGAGGAUAAAAAGGCUUCUACAAAUAAACGAAAAUCUGGUGAUAAACUUACUAGUGCUGGUACCAAAAAACAAAAACUGGAAAAUGGUGCAGCCUCUAAACUAAAGAAUUCUAAUUUAUUAGAUGAAUCUCUCGACAAUGAAGAAGAGGACAUCAAGGAUGAGGAAGAAGAAAAUAAAGUAAAUACAUCUAUUAAAGAGGAACAUAAAUCACCUAAAGCUGCCACGGCUACGCCUCUCAAGGAGCGUUCAUUAAGUGCCAAAGAGAAGUCAUUGGCAAAAAGUGCUAAAGGCACUAAAAGUAUAGCGUCAUUUUUUAUGAAAAAGACUGCUUAAAUAUACAUACACAUAUAUUUUUAAACAAACACUGUUAACACAUUUUGUAUGUUUUAUUAUCAUUUAAGUGCAAGUCUGAAAAAUUAAGUAUUUAUUUUUAAUUAAAUGUAUUUGCUUUUCUAAAAAAAAUUGAAAAAAAACAGUUUUAA